AUGACCACUACUACAUCCCACCAACCCGUCCUUCCGCCCCUCUACUUUGAUAAUGUCAAGGCUCCAAAGACAACAGAAGGAAAGCGUGACUGUACAACUUCCGACCUUCCGGCUGAAAUUCUUUCGCUAUGCCUCACUCGAUUUGCCGACUGGGGUGACCUCGCCAAACUAGCUCAGGUCCAAAAGUCUUGGUCGAGCAUUUUGGACGAUGCUGCAGGUCAAUCGACCGAUAUGAAGUGGGAGCUUUCCCAGGCGCUACUAAACGGAACUUGCGGCUUGGAAAGGAACCCCAAACGUGCAAUCGCAGUGAUGAGAGAGUUGACCAACGUCAACAUAUCCGACGAAUUUGAGCCAGAAGUAGCCGACAACGAUGCUGUCUGCUUUGCUCCCGCGCUAAGAGCCAUUGCUAAUUGUUACUUUGAAGGAAAUGGCGUCGAGAAAGAAACCAAGCUUGGACUGGCAUGGCUCAAGGCAGCAUUCGAAUUGGGAAAUGACGUUGAUGCGGCCUACGAGACUGCCCUUAUCCAUGAAUAUGGACACCAUCGAGUACAUGUUGAUGUUGUUGCUGCAGCAGAAUGGUUUCAAAAGGCAGCCGAACAGAACCACGUCGAAGCAAUGUCAGAACUCGCAUUGUGCUAUGAGCUUGGAUGCGGAUUGGAACAAAACGACGAGAUUGCUCUUGAUUGGUACACUAAAGCUGCCAAUCUUGGUCAUAUUACGAGCAAGUAUUCUGUUGGGGAAGCCUUUGAAGAAGCAAGGGGGGUUCCGCAAAGUGACGAAGAAGCAUGCCUUUGGUAUUACAGGGCCGCAUUGGCGGGCGACGAAGACAGCAAGAAGUCAUUGCGUCGAUUGUAUGAUAUUGCCAGAAUCGUUGUGCCCGGAGUGGCAGAAAUUUUUAAUGCCUAA